UAUUUUGUUUUUGUUUUUGUUUUUGUUUUUUUUUUUUUUGAAGUGCAUAAACCUAAAAUGCACAAGGUCUUCUUGUCGAUGUCUUCCGAGAUUUAACUUAAAAAAAAAACAGAAUGCACGCUUGCUUUUAUUUUAUUUUUUUAUUAUUUUUUUUUCUCACAGCCUCCAACAUCGAUCCUCAGUUCCUCACCAUUGACGCCUGCUUCAACCUAUCAUCUCCUCCUCGUGCCGCCUCCGUCCAGACCAGCACCGCCCUAUUCCUCCUGUCCAAUCGCACAACCAAACGCACUCUGAAGGUUUGAACCGUCGGAUUUCCCCUGAAAACGAAAAAAGGAUUGUACCUCCUGUUGCAUACACUCGCCGACUCCGACACCUACUCGCCAUAUCCGACGUCGCCUUCGCUCACCACGUUGUCUCCAUCGUGUAUUCGUCGCCGGGUGUACCUCACCUGUUCCAUAUCCUGAUUGAUACAACUCUCAUUCAUACCCAAUGAAGCUUACAUGUUUGAGCCAAAGUAGGGGUUACAAUCUUCCAUCAUGCCACAUGGUGAACUUAUCUGGUUUCCACAUCUUAUUUGAUUGCCCACUUGACCUCUCUGCUACAACAAUCUUCUCCCCUGUAUCUACUAGUUUAUAUGAACAGACAUUCACUACUCCAUCUUCAAAGAAGCUGCUUGAUAGUAACAAUUUAAUACCUAUAGAACCUUACUAUAAAACCAUUGAGGGAGUUCACCUAUGGAAUGUUUCUUUGAUUGAUGUUGUAUUGAUAUCAAGUCCAAUGGGUAUGCUAGGGUUGCCAUUUCUUACUCGAUCCAAAGGUUUUUCUGCUAAGAUAUAUGCAACUGAAGCAGCAACAAGGGUUAGUGAGUUUAUGAUGAAGGAUCUUGUUGCUAUGCAUAUGGAAUUUAAGCAAUUAUAUGGACCUCAGGAAACUAACUUCCUUCAGUUGUUCAAUUGGGAAGAGCUUGAAGCUCUUCCUCCUUCACUCAAAGAGAUAGUUCUUGGUAAGAAUGGGACCCACCUCGGGAGUUGGAUGCCACUAUACAGUGCAGCUGAUGUGAAGGAAUGUUUGCAGAAAGUUGAGACUCUUAAAUAUGCAGAAGAAGCUUGCUAUAAUGGCACAUUGAUCAUGAAGGCUUUUAGCUCUGGUUUAGAAAUAGGCGCAUGUAAUUGGAGUAUUAAAAGUCCAAAAAGGAAUAUUUCAUAUAUUUCAAGCUCUAUAUUCUCAUCUGGGGUUGCAAUGGAUUUUGAUUUCCAUGCUCUUAUAGGAAGUGAUCCUCUUAUAUAUUCUGAUUUUGCUUCAACUCUUGGUAGUGACUAUGCAAAUGCACUGGAAUUCAAUUCUGAUGAUGAUAUCUUGUUGAAUUCUGAUGAAAACUCGGAAGAAAUGGAGAAAAUGGAGUUCAUAUGCUCAUGUUCAAUGGAUUCUGUAAAAGAUGGUGGUUCUGUUCUAAUUCCCAUUGGGAGGCUUGGAAUUGUUUUGCAGCUUUUGGAGUUGUUUGCUUUGCAUAUUGACUCAUUUGAUAUGAAGGUUCCUAUAUUUAUCAUCUCUAGUGUAGCAGAAGAAUUACUGGCAUACACAAAUAUUUUACCAGAAUGGCUAUGCAACCAUCGACAAGAAAAGAUGUACUCUGGGAAGUCGGUUUUUGGUCAUGAAGAGCUCAUAAAGGAGAAAAAGAUCCACAUAUUUCCAACACUUGAUUCACAUGAAUUAUUAAUGAUGUGGCAGGAGCCAUGCAUAGUGUUUUGUCCUCACUGGAGUUUGAGGGUGGGACCCGUUGUACAUUUACUUCAUCGUUGGCAUGAGGAUCCAAAUUCCCUACUUGUUCUUGAGGAAGGAAUUGACACUGAUCUAGCACUCUCCCCUUUUAAACCUAUUGCAAUGAAGGUUUUGGAAUGCUCCUUUUAUUCAGGCAUAAAAUUGGAGAAAGUUCCACAAUUGCUGAAAAUGCUACACCCAAAACAAAUUUUGCUCCCGGAUUACACAAAACAGUUGUUUGAACCUUUGAGCAAAUCAUUGCCAUGUUUAUUCUACACAGAAUUCGAAACACUUUGCUUACCAAAUUCCAAUAAUCUUUCUGAGCUAAAUAUCGCAACAAACUUGGCCUCACAACUCACUUUCUCAAAGAUGAAAAACGAGGAGUUGAGCAUUUCAAGGUUAAGGGGUGAGCUUUAUUUGGAACAUGGGAAACAAUAUUUAAUUGGGGGAAAAGAGGUGAAGGGUUUGGAAACCGAGAUUGGGCUAUUGGUGCAUUGGGGUAAGGUUGAUUUAGAGAGUUUAGUGGUGGAAUUGGAGAAGGUUGGGGUAAAAGGGUCAUUUGAAUGUGGAUCAAAUGUGGUGAAUGUGGUUGAGCCUAACAAGGGUUUUAUAGAAGUUAAAGAAACAAGUGUUGUUAUUAGUAGUGGGGAUGAGAGCUUUGGGUUGCUCAUUUCUGAUGUGGUUCUUAGCCUUCUAAAUGGUAUCUAACACAAAUUUGCUCAUAGGGGAUUUGCUUAGGUGGGUAAGUAUGGGCAACGCGUAUUCGUGUUAAUCCGAUGUGGAGGGGUAAAAACGCCGGUAUAACGCGCCGAACACCUCGCCCGACGUGCGUUAUUAGGCGUUACGUUAUAAUACGUUACUGUGGUAACGCUCGACAACGGGAAGAAUUCCAAGCAAAAAUGAUCCAACGUCUAUAUUUUUAAUUUUUCAACCGUUGUAAAACAGUUAAAAAUGUAAAAAAAAAAAAUUAAUACAAUUUCAAUCUUUAUAUAUAUAUAUAUAUAUAUAUAUAUAUAUAUAUAUAUAUAUAUAUAUAUAUAUAUAUAUAUACACACACACACACACACAAACACAUAUACAUCAACCUUUAUAUUUUACAAACCUUUUAUUACUCUCAAAUCUUCAAAAAAAAAAAAAUUCUUUUCCCUGCUAUGGAUCAAAACCCCAACACUCCUUCAAAAAAAAAUACAUCUUCGCCUCUUGGUUUUGCACAAUACGAAAUGUACCGAACAUUCUCAACACACAAGACAACUUUUUCAAUACCGCCUCACCACCACCACAAUUCACUAUAAACCUUCCACAAAACAUUUUCAACCCAUUUGCUAUAAUUCAGAAAAUUAUCACACAGGGACAACCCACCCAACAAACUGUACUGGACGACUUGAACGACCUUGAAGAGAUCUCUUCGCCCCAACAGCCGAUAGGCCGCGACAAAGCGAGGCGUGCUCAACGGCACGCGGAUGAAGCCGAAAAUAGACGACGACAGCAAGCCGAAAUGAAACAAAAUUCUGACGAACACAACGAAAUCGCACGUAAAAGAUAUGGGUUGCAACGGGAUCAUUUUGAGUUCCUACAUCGUGAAGCCCAGGACGAUCGUAUUGCGAAAGAUUUGACAAUUCUCCAAACUAGCGAGGAUAAUUUGCCACCGAGACGGUUGGAGACACUCCGAAAAAUAAAGACGAAGAUUGAAUAAAAUAUUUAGAUGAAAAUUAGUGUUUUUUUUGUUGUAAUGUUUUUUUGUUAUUUUUUAUUUCGGUCUAUGUUUUUUUUUCGUUGGAAUAUUGUUUUAUGUUUUUUCGUUGUAAUGUAGUUUUUAAUUAGUAUUUAUUUUAA